AUGAUAGAUUUCAGUCGAGUCCAGAAGGAGCUCCAAGAUUGCGAGAAAGACAAGGACGCUUCGAAUAUCCGGGUCUGCCCCAAAUCCGAUAACCUCACCCGACUCACCGGAACUAUUCCUGGUCCAAUCGGCACUCCUUACGAAGGCGGUACCUUUCAGAUCGAUAUCACGAUUCCAGAAGGGUAUCCGUUUGAGCCCCCAAAGAUGCAGUUUUCAACCAAAGUUUGGCACCCAAAUAUAAGUAGCCAAAGCGGGGCAAUAUGCUUGGAUGUCUUGAAAGACCAGUGGAGUCCAGCUCUUACUCUGAAGACAGCUCUUGUUUCAAUCCAGGCAUUACUCUCUGCACCAGAGCCCAAAGACCCUCAAGAUGCUGUUGUAGCUGAACAGUACAUCAAGAGCUAUCAAGUGUUUGUAUCAACAGCUCGUUACUGGACCGAAACAUUCGCCAAGAACUCUUCAAUAGAGGAAAAAGUGAAGAGACUUGUGGAGAUGGGUUUUGGAGAUGCUCAGGUUAGGAGUGCUAUUGAAUCAAGCGGUGGAGAUGAGAACAUGGCGCUUGAAAAGCUCUGUUCGGGUUAG